AUGAAGACGGUCCAGGUAGAGGGAUGGGGACGGGUCGGGAGAGGGCGGCACGAAGAAAUCGGCUGGAAGACGCAGAGCACAGCCAUACACAAGGUCAGCCGCACUGCACCCGAUGUCGGUCUUGACGGCUGCGCGGAUGCCGAGAGGCACCAAAGGCAGGUGGUGUACCCAGUGUGCCCUAUCUUUGUGGGCGACGAGGGCGGCCUUCAAGUGGCGAUGAAGGCGCUCUACGAGGCCGUCGGAUGCAGGGUGAUAGGAUGUCGUUCGGACGCGAGUUGUCCCGAGUAUGUCGCCACUUCGUUCCCGUUCUUCUUCCCUGUGCCUAUGGUGGAUCAGGAGAUCUACAACAUUUACUUCAGGGCUGACAUCUACGUGAACGGAAUGUAUUUUCUCAACAUGACGGACGUGAACUUCGAUUUUGUCCCCCAGAAUAAUGUGCUGAUACAGACUGACAAACCGCAGUACAGGCAGGGGGAGACAGUGAAGUAUCGAGUUAUAGUGCUUGAUAACGAUUUGUUGCCGGUCCUGAACCAAAAGGGCAGCAUUACAAUCAUGAACCCGGACGGGCAAAUCGUUGCCCAACACCUAGGGGUCGACUUUGGCGAAGGCUUGAUUCAGAGAGAGUACCAGCUGCUUGCAGUGACAAAUGAAGGCUUUUGGCACAUUCAAGUUGAUGUUGCCGGAACAAGCGGCUUCCAAUCUUUUGAGGUCACAGCCUUUAUCCUGCCAACGUUUUCCGUCACCAUUACUCCUGAUCCAAACGACGUUGUGACCAACCCUACGAUUCAAUACACCAUUUGCGCACAGUACACCUUCGGACGAGCUGUGAGAGGAAUCGUGCAGAUAUUUGCCUCUCUACUGUACUUCUUCUUCGAGCCCGGCCAAAUGCCCGUGGUGUACAGAACUGACAAUAUCAACGGCUGCUACAAUUACACCUUGAAUGUCUCCCUUCUUCGAGGAAAUCGAGAUCAAGGCAGAUUCUUUCCCUUUCCCAACUCAAUCAACCUCACGGCUGUCGUCACCGAACAAGGCACAGACGUUUCCAACAGUGCCACUAAUCUCCUGAGCCGUAGCUCCACAAGGAUCCUUUUGAACUUCAACUAUCCCAGUGACGAAACGAAUGUUGGAUCUCGAACUCAAGAUAACACCUUCAAAGUUGGCAUUGCAUACAAAGGGCGCCUGUACGUCCAGAAGCGCGAUGGGACACCCCUGCCAGGGGUGAGAAUUCAGAUUUGUGUCUUCGUCCGCGAGGAGCAGUAUUUGUGGCGACAAUGGAACACGUUCCGCAAGCUGGCCUGCAAGAACUUCACCUCGGAUUGCCACGGAAUUGUACGCUUUACCCUGCCGCCUUUGGGCAGGAGGGUGGAGGAAGCCUACGUCGAGGCAAUUGCUGUGGACUACCCAACGAUCGUUGUGCCAGACGGCCCAACUCUUCGGCAACCGUCAGCUGUUUUGAAUUUGAGGGUCUACUACUCUCGCCAAAGCCAGUCCAUCAAGAUUCAGACCACCGACGACAGGAUGAACGUUGCGAAUUUCACGUACACAGUUUAUCUCCCAUACGACGCGAGCCCCGAAGUGAAGAUACUUGUCUUCUACGUUCUACGAGGCUCUGCUCAUGUUCCCGAUGAGAUAAUUUCUGAUUUGGCCUACUUCCAAGUCGCUAAAUGCUUCCAGAACGUGGUUACGCUCGAUUUCCAACCAGACCAAGCAGCACCCGGAAGUAAUGUCAGCGUUAUUCUUACUGCAACCGGUAACUCGCUGUGCGGUGUUGGAGCUGUGGACAAAGGCGUUACUUUGCUCCCAGGUUACGAGUUUAGGAAUUCCAGGCAAAGUAUCAUCGACCGUCUGAGGUAUCUGAACUUCCAGUUCUACAGCACCUAUCUCGUUAACCAAACGUACUGCUUCAACGGUCCCUACCGAUACCAGGAAGGCUACGAAGGCUGUGGUAACAGCCGCUCAAAGCGCUCCCUGCGAUACCCUGAAGACGCUGUUUUUUAUGAUUCGCUAUCUGCUUUUGAGGAUGCUGCUGUGGUUGUGUUCACUAACAUUCGCCUCCAAACUCGGCCCUGUCCGAACCGUGCUUUCCCUGGAUACCCGAUCCCGCAACUCUCUCAGUAUGAUUACUACUACGAUAGAGGUUUUCCCUCAUUCAGCCGUGGCCCAUCUAAUGGAGAGGGAGGUGCAGCUAUGGGUCCACCAUCCGAAGGAGCCGAGUCGGUGGAAGGACAGAACACCAUUCGAAGCUUCUUUCCCGAAACGUGGCUAUGGCAGAUCGAGAGAGUUGGACCGGAUGGCAAGGUCGUGUUCAGAGAGACCCUACCCGAUUCGAUCACUACUUGGGAAGGCACCGCACUCUGCGUUCAUCCCACGGCGGGCUUCGGUAUAUCUAACCUGGCCAACGUCACAGCAUUCCAGCCACUGUUCGUAACUCUCACCCUACCACUGAAUCUAAUACGUGGAGAAUCUGCGAAGGUUGUUCUGACAGUCUUCAGCUUCAUCAACGAAUGCAUUGUAGUAAGAGUAAGCCUGGUCGGUCUCGAGAACGUGAGUGUAGACGAAGCUCCCAGUUUUCCAUACGCGCUGCUCUGUGGGGGAUCUGACUCCACGUCGUUCAAGUUCAGCGUCACCGCGACUCAGGUCGGGGUCGGGAAACUGUCUGCGACAGCAGAAUCGAGACCCGAAUAUGCUGAGAAGUUCCCCGAUGCCAACGUGUUCCCGCUCAAUGCUAGCGACACAGUUAUCCAGUCCAUCGAUAUCAAGCCUGAAGGAUUCCCAGUUCAAAUCGUCCAAACCUACCUCAUAUGCGCUCAGGAUAAUACUGCUGUAAUAUUCGCAGAUAACACACAGCUGACGAUCCCGCUAGCAAAUCCUCCAGACCUUGUGGAAGGAUCUCGCCAGGUCCUCGUUGUUGCAACAGGUGACCUGCUUGCUAUCACCGUCAACAACCUGGCCAGUGUUCCCUUUUUUACGUACUAUGACGCCGAAGGAACGUUGUCGUUUUUGACGAGCAAUGUCUACUUGUACAAGUACCUGCAAGCUACGGGACAGCUGUCACCUACUCUAAAAAGUCAACUCGAAUCAAGAAUUAUGGAAGCAUACGACCGGCAAGCGGCAUUCAGGGCACCCGACGGCUCCUACGCAACAUUUAGCUCCGUUGAUUUCCCCAGGAGUGUUUUUCUUACUGCCUUCGCUGUUCAGGCCCUAACGGAAGCAUCGACUGUCGUUGGUGAUACGGCGGUUCAGGUCGAUCAAAGCGUUCAGUACCUGCUUCCUUUCCAAGAUCCCAUCAACGGAUGCUUCAAGGAAACUGCGGAACCAUAUCCUCCUUUCACGCGUCCAUCCGACCUGAGCCUCUUCAUCGGCAUUUCUUUGCUGACGGCGGGAUAUCAGAAUGAAAACGUUUACGGCCAGAUUAUCAACUGCACGAAUGCCGAAAACUUCCCCAGCAAUCGUACGCAGGCCUUGUACGCUUACUUCUUGGCCAGGCUUGGUAUGACUGGGGAAGCAUCCAAUUUGAUAGACAAUCUCCUUGCCAGCGCUGACACCUCGGGUGGUUUCACUUCCUGGAGUGAUCCUAGUACGUUCGAUCCUCAACUGGAUACAGCAGGCUAUGUCAUCCUGACAAUGAUUCUCUUGCAACGCAACUUGGGACCUGCUCAGCCAAUAGCACGUUACCUGUCUCGACAGAUCAAUCUUAACUACUACUACUCCUUGUCAGAGCCCUACACUGUGGGAGUGCAAGCACUUUCAGAGUACUCGAAAGCCGUGUACACGCCAGAUGUCUCGCUAGUUGUCACUGUAACUGGUACCAACGGUGCGGGCGGUUCUCCUGAGGUAGUCACCUUCAACAUCACGAACACCAAUGUCUACCAGCAACGGCUAUUGGAAAGACCAAACGUAACUAACCUUACUGUUGCCAUUCGCCCAGGCAGCACAGGAUGCGCCCUUAUUCAGGCGCAGUUGUUCUACAACGUGUUCAACUCCCCAGCGACUCGUGGCCUUCAAAUAAAUGCUACGGCCAUGUCAACUCCAGAUUGCUUGUCUGUAGACCUCAGCGUAUGUAUACGGUACACUUUGGGCUUCCUGCAGAGUGCAGCGAUCGUGGACAUUACUCUGUUGUCGGGUUACGCUGCGGAUGAGACGUCACUUCGGGAUCUUCAAGCUAAUGGAGUGAUACAGCGCUUCAGGAUCGAUGGCAAUAGGGUCCUCCUCUUCAUUCAACAGGUGUCCAUGACGCAGACUUGCUUCACCGUCCGUAUGACCGAAAUUUAUACAGUGAACGGCUUGCGGCCUGCACCAGUAUCGGUUUACGAGUACUACAAUAACGGUAACAAAGCCACUGCCCUGUACAGUCCUGGAACCGACUGCGUUCCUGCUCCGGGAACUAAUUCGUCUGCACCACAGCCAACCAACGGAGACGAAAUUAUCUACCAAUGACCAUCUUACCCGAAUACACUCUACCAGCUACUCUAAAAUUGAUAUAGUCAGUGCUGUAUCGGAAAAUCAGCGUGUCGGUACGCGAUUAUGCGUACUAGAGGACAAGAAAAGGGGUCUUUUAUUUUUAUGCGUAUUUUAUUACCAUUAUUUAACUGUUCGGGAACACCUCUAUGCACUUGGAAUAGCCCAAGAAGUAAAAUAGGAUUGACCAGUUGUUUGACCAGCCCGUCUAUAUGUUUAUGAAAGUGCGUAGCGGCAUCUGCGUGUGAGAUCCGGCUUUAAAUAAAUUGAGAUGC